UAAUGUACAAUAAACAGAUAAAUGGAACCGGGAGAUCACACUCAUUCCUCGAGCAUCAUUCUCUCCACAGAGCCACCGUUAGGUUGUGCCUUUGCCCAUUCAAUGGCGAACGAUGCCGCCUUGAGGAACUUCUUGUGUGCGUACUUUCGGCAAACAUAUUGCCGCGAAAAGUUGCGUUCUGCCAGCUUGUCCACGAGCAUAUCGUGCCCUGGAAUCAGCUCUUCUUCUGUGUAGCCCGAAUAGAAAACGAAUGCUUCAUUCUGGAAUGGAAUGAGUGACACCUUCAUAGACAAGUUGUACAGGAAACUCACCCAGUCGCCAUCAAGCAUCCGACGUGCAGAGUACAUCCCGACCGCAGCGAUCAAGCUUGGCUUCGCGCAUAGGAACCGAUGAUCCAACAACGUGACUUCCGUCAAGAACUUGCUCAGGCUGUACGGCGAGCAGUAGUGCGAAACGCGGAAUUCGAGGGUCUGCAGCAUUAUCCGUUCGCCCUUGAGAAUCUCCUCCUUGCUGUAUCCAUUCUCCGUCAUGAACACGAACUCCUCCACAGACGGGGCAAGGAUCUCCUCGUACUUAGCCGCGAUGAACAUAGCUGUCACACCGACGAGCUGCAGCUUGAUCAGGGAAACCGUUCGUUGUGUCAAGAAGCGGUCAACAAUGUUGACCGCUAUCCACAACGUUUCGGGGAGCAUGUGAUAUCGCAGGUGAACUUGUAGCAGCCAGUCAACAAGAGUUUGGCGCAUCGCCCAGGUAAUUUCGUUCUGGUGGUCCAUGUAAUUGGAAGCAGGCAUCAUCUUUUCCUGCAGACCCAGUAAGUCAUCAACUUCGAGGAUUAGAUGAGAAACAUACCUCGAGAUCGCUCAUAUAUUCGAAAAUAUCUUCAGCGUAUUCCGACACCAUGGUCGUGUCAUAGAUGUCAACGUCAUCUUGGAAGGCGUAAUGUCCGGCCAUUGUCGAGGUUCGACAGGAGCAAGUGCAAUGGCUUCAUCAAGAUCAUCAUCAUCAUCAUCUUCGAGCUCGUCCUGGACGUCCUCUUCCUCGACGACAGCCAUAUCCUCGGCGUGUUCUUCGUUUUCGUCAUCGGCCGCGGCCGCGUUCUGCGCCGCGAUCGGCUCAUACUCGACCUCCAUUUGCAUCGCGUCGGCCUCCGCGUUCUCCAGCUGGUCCACAUGAUCAUCAUCGUCGAUUGCGACGGGCGGGACCUGCGCGCGCGUGGACUUUCUUUCAGGCAGGGGUUGGCGCGGCACGCGACUGGGAGGGCGAGUGUUGGUGGCAUGGUUGACUGGAGGUUGGGUCCGUCCGGGACCCAGAGGAACGCGUUGAGCAACAGCAAUAGCGGCAGAAUUCGAACGGAGACGUUUCAUGCCCGUCUCUAGUUUGUCCUUGUCGGUCCCAGCAACUGAUUUACCAAGCGCGUCCUAGGCGACAUAAGCGAAAAACCGCCAAGGGCGAGGAAAUUCACGUACCUUUCUGUUCACAGCUGUCGUAGUGACCUCGCUGAGGACGGUGCGUGAAUGGGCGGCAGGCAGCCUUGCCAUAAUGUCCUUGGCUGUGAAGCGAGACGCGCCAGAGGGAGCUAUGCCAGACGACUGGCGGGCGUGUCUGCUCGUUGCGUUCUCGUCUGCUUUGGUGCGUGGAACUGGGCGGGUGCGCGUGGGCAUCUGGGGUAACGGUGAGAAGAAGACAGUGGCAGGAAGGUCGCGACUCACGCGGAUGUUGGUGCUAGCCAUGGAGAUGAUGGGGAUGGAGAAAGAGAGAGUGGAAAUGGUGGAUGUGGAAGGGAAUAAACUUGCGGUAGACAAUUCACAGGCCAAACGAGAGCGUUUGAAACCAAAGUGUGAAUACAAGCGGAAGCAAAGGGCGCUAACUCUUCCAACGACCACGUGACCCGGUCCUAACCUCGACCAACAACGCGAAGGUCACUCCCGUGAUCGCGGUUUUCUAUCAAAAAUGAUGGGACAGCGUCAUUAUGACAUCAAUACAUU